AUGGUCGAAGACCGCUUGCAUGCUUUUGAAACAGCUUUGAGUAGGCUGUUCCCAGGAGGUGACCUGGAUGCUACACUUCGCUCUUUACUGCAGAACCAGGAAACCCCUCCGGCACCUUCAUCUCAAACAUCAUCUCGACAUUCGACUCCAGCCAAGGCCGAAGCAGACCGCGCAGAGCCCGCGCCAGAGGCUCUUCCGCAGCAAGCUGAUGGAUUUGAUUGGGCCGAGGAAAAGCUCACACUUGGUGAUCUGACGGAUGGCAUGGCCGCAUUGUCCAUCAAGCCUGAAGGAGCUGGAUAUUUCGGGGCAUCAUCCAGUGUUGUCCCCUUAAGAGCCUUGUUUGACCAUGGGUUUGACUUGAAUGUUCCUGUUCGCUCAGUCAGAUCCGGAGGCGUUCCCCUCAAGGAACAGCUGUUGCAAAGUGCGCCAUCCGGGCUGAUCGAACAAGCCUUUAUUGACGCAUAUUUCCUGAACUAUCACACCAGCUAUCCAUUCGUUCAUGAACCGACGUUCCGGGCCCAGUUCCACGAACCCUCUCUUCGCCCUCAUGGAACUGCUUGGCAGAUCCUGCUCAAUACCAUCCUCGCUCUAGGCGCAUGGAGCAUUGGCGACGACAGUUCGGACCUUGAUAUCACUUUCUACCAAGAAGCUCGAGGGUGCUUACAGCAAGCUUUGGUGUUUGAAACAGGAAAUCUCACCUUGGUUCAGGCAUUAUUGCUCCUCAGUAACUACGCCCAAAAACGGAACAAGCCCAACACUGGCUGGAACUUGCUAGGGUUAGCUGUUCGGAUGGCCAUGAGUCUUGGCCUCCACAAGGAGUUUCCUGGCUGGAAAAUCAGUCUGCUCCAACGAGAAAUCCGGCGCAGACUAUGGUGGGGAGUGUUCAUUUUCGACAGCGGUGCUGCCAAAACUUUUGGUCGACCAAUCUUGCUUCCAGAGGAAGAUGUUAUGGACGCAAAGCAGGUCCUGAAUAUUCAUGACGAUGCACUGGUCUCGUCAACGACCACACUCCCCUCUGAAUCAUCUGGGCCAACUUUAUAUUCUGGCCUUAUCGCCCAAUCCCGCUUCCAUCUCCUCACCAACCGCGUCUACCAGCGUUUGAUCUCUACUCCAAGCGUCACCCCGGAAGAAACGUUGAAUCUUCAGAAGCCCAUGGACGAGUGCGGUGGAUCGGACGGAUCUUCCGUCAGCUCUGAUGCAAGCAACGAGGACCCUACCGAAACAGAAUGUCGAAAACGUUGUCUGCAAAAUGCCCGGUUGACAAUCGCCUCCAUAUCGUCGUACAUGGAUAACUAUGUGUGUACGAGGAUAGGCGCUUGGUAUAUGCUAUACUUUCUUUUCCAAGCCGGAUUAAUCCCAGUUGUCUUCCUCAUGACUGACCCCACGAGCCCGGAAGCUCCGGGCUGGAUGCAAGACAUCGAAACCACCAAAGCUCUUCUCACUCACCCAUCAUUUUGCAACAACCGCUUCGCCGCCCGAUGCGCAGAAGUAAUCAACCGGCUCCUUGGCCCAACGACAGAACUCAUGUGCGGCUUGCAACAAGGGAUGCCACAGAACCAGCAGCCGCAGCAAGUCCCGUACUUCCAGCCCCAACAGGGCAUGAUGCCCUUUCCUGAACAGCUUUUCAGCGACCCGACCUUUGGCGGCAGCUUCUUCCCGUCUGAUCAGCCACUCCCCAGCCCCGGUGGAAUGGACUUGAAAUUCUCGGAAUGGGUUAAUUUCCCCGCUCAAGAAUAG